GCCAAAAUAGGGAGGCGGGUUGCAGUCAGCGUCAACUCAGUAGACCCAUCAGACCCUUCUCUGAUCUCUGGGAGAAACGCAAUCCGUUUUCUUGGUUCCAGUGGUGGUAGGCGAGGGAGGUGAUGGUGAAGUCACCUGCAACCAAAGAGGAUUUUGUGAAGCAGUUCCUAGCGGUAUUCCAAGGUCUACUGUAUAUGCUGCUGAGUGUGAUGGGAAAAUGUACACUAAAACCGCAGCUGGCGGGAGCACUGGUGGCUGUAAUUGGAUGCACAAGCCUCAUUGCUCUUAUCCUUAUGCUGGUCCAGAAUGACAGUGCGGAGAUGCCACCCAGAUUUCAGUAUGGGAUUGUGUUUGAUGCUGGGUCCACUCACACGGCCCUCUUCCUCUACAAGUGGCCAGGAGCAAAAGAAAACAACACAGGAGUGGUCUCCCAGGUUCUGGUCUGUGAUGUUGAAGGACCUGGGAUUUCAAGCUAUGCCAAUGAUCCACCGGCUGCUGGGCAAAGCCUUACUGUGUGUUUGGAUGAUGCUAAGAAAGCCAUCCCAAUUGGCCAAGAAAGGAAUACACCUGUAUACCUGGGUGCCACAGCUGGAAUGCGGCUUUUGAGGCUACAGAAUGCCACAAAAGCAGAUCAAGUCAUGGAAGAGGUGGCAAAGACAAUCAAAGAAUAUCCUUUUGAUUUCCAGGGAGCACGAAUACUCUUAGGCACAGAAGAGGGAGCUUUUGGGUGGAUCACAAUCAACUACAUCUUGGAAGGGUUCAUUAAGUACUCCUUUGAGGGUAAGUGGCUGAAGCCCAAAGAAGGGGAAAUUCUUGGUGCUCUAGACAUGGGAGGAUCCUCCACCCAGAUCACCUUCAGACCAACAGAUCCAAUAAAGGACCCUACCUCAGAAGUCCAGCUCCGCCUGUAUGGGUUAAACUACGGCAUCUACACUCACAGCUACCUGUGCUACGGCAAAGACCAGGCUAUGAGACAGCUCCAGAUCCAGCUUCUCAAGAUGAAUAACAUGUCCCAACGGGUUACCCAUCCCUGCUACCACCAGGGUUACAACUUAUCACUGGCACUGGGUGACCUCUACGAUUCGCCCUGUGCAGAGAAAACGGGAGCAUUUGACCCAACAGACAUUGUUACCUUCUUGGGGAGCAGUGACCCUGGACAGUGCCUGAAACUUACGAACACCAUUUUCAACUUCAGUGAUUGCUCCUUCCCACCUGACUGUGCUUUUAAUGGUGUCUACCAACCCCCCAUCAAUGGCAACUUCUAUGCCUUCUCAUCUUAUUAUUAUACCUUUGACUUUCUUGGCCUGGCCCCUCAGGCCCCACUGCCUCUGGUUCUCAGCACCAUAGAGUCCUUCUGCAAGAAGAACUGGUCAAUGGUGAAAACAGAGUAUCCCAACAUCCCAGAAAAGUACCUUCAGGAUUACUGUGCCUCGGCCAACUACAAGAUGACUUUACUACAGGAAGCCUACAAGUUCAAUGAGACAACAUGGAGCAACAUUUACUUUAAGAAGAAGGUAGCAGACACCAAUAUUGGUUGGACGCUGGGAUACAUGCUGAAUCAGUCAAGCCUAAUCCCUUCUGAACAUCCCCUGUUGAUAACUGGAGUAAAUCAUGGACAGUGGGCAGCUGGGAUAUUCUUUAUUGUCUUUGCCCUCUUCCUCAGCUUCGUAGUCAUGAUCAUCCUUUUUGCAGGAAAUAUAAACUAGUGACAGGUGAGAUUAGAGCACUGGACUCAACAAUUAAUUUAAAAGGGACAGAUUUGUUUGCAAGAACUGUGGGAUAAGUAGCAAAAAUGGUGUUUCCGGUUUCUAGGUAUUGUGGUGAGGGGAUAUGUUAGGGGAAAAGGUAUAUGGUUUUAUUCUCUAGAAUUAGAUUUGACUGAGCAGUACUUUGUGAAAUGCUUAUUAGGAUUGUACAUCUCUUCUCAAUUGUCUGCUGGAAUUACAUUUGAAAGAGAAUAGCCGUUAGAAGUAAAACUGAGAUUACAAUAAAAAGGAUAAAAUCAGACAGUGAGACUUCUGUUGUCAGUGGUGGUUGGUGAGCUGAAAAUGAGUGGGCGGAGAACGGCUUGUGCAAGCAUCUUUUUUAGCUGCAGUGAGCCCCGCCAAACUUACACAUUUUUGGGGUAGAGAUCAAUCAAGUUUCAAAUUGUCAUUCAUAAUUAGUACUCUGGAACAGCAUGGGAUAUCUCUGUUAACAACAUUGGAUAAGAUUACAGCCACUUGGUUCCAAAACGUUUGUAUGAAGGUGCUGACGGAACCCUGAGGACACAACUCACAGAUUGGAGAAUGAGCAAGCUUCAUUACAUUACAUUACAUUAAUGGCAUUUGGCAGACGCUCUUAUCCAGAGCGACGUACAGUUGAUUAGACUUAGCAGGAGACAAUCCUCCCCUGGAGCAAUGCAGGGUUAAGGGCCUUGCUCAAGGGCCCAACGGCUGUGCGGAUCUUAUUGUGGCUACACCGGAGAUCGAACCAAAAACCUUGCAGGUCCCAGUCAUGUACCUUAACCACUACGCUACA